GCUUGCCGACAGUUUUGUUUACGGCAGUCGAUGUGCUUCCUUCCAAAGAACCACAUGUUCAAAGCUUAGAUUAUAUCAAGCGAUAUAGUAUUAACUUUGUAGUUCGGCUGGCUACUGUAAUCUUGGAAUUUUGAAUGCUUUAAUAUCGCGUUGUUUACAAAUGCGAAACUGACCGCAAAUCGACUUUGCUCGCGCUGAAAGAGUAGGGUAUAUUAUGGGUAAAAGCAAGAACAAGAAAUUUAAACGUCCCCAGUUCUCUGCAGAGGGACUGCCAGUAUCUGCUGUAAAGAAUGUAGAUGACGAGGAAGAAGUUGAGUCGCCUGCCGACGAGUUGCUUGAAAAACUGCAGAGUCCCAGUGCAGACACACGGGAGUUUGCUUGCGCCAGCAUCUCUCAGAUCGUGCAACAGAGCCAGGCCAUGCCCGCUUUCCUGCAGCGCGACGCCGUGCGCUGCCUCGGGCCCCUGCUGCUGGACCGCAGUCUGUCCGUGAGGGAGACCGCCGCAGGGGCGCUCAGGAACCUCAGUGCCUGUGGAGGUGUGGAUGUCUGUGAGGACAUGGUGAAGAAGGACAUUCUGACACCACUGACUGCUUUGCUGAGAGAGUGCUGCACAGGCUUUGACUCGAGCUCUGACCUCUUGCCAAAAUCGCCAAAAGACCAGAAGAACCUUGUGGAAGCCGUAGCCAACGAAGCUGUGAACUUACUGUGGAACCUUUGUGAGUGCUCUGGCCAGGCAAUAUCAGUGUUCAAUAAAGCAGGCCUUUUGAACGUGGUGAUUCAGUGCCUCGAACGACACCCACACAAUAUGGAGCUGGCCUUGUCAGCUGCUCGCUGCCUGCACACAGUGACAGAGGAAAACACAGAACUCCUGGGUUCUAUGAAUGUGGCAGUUCUCGGAGGACUGGAGUCUGUGCUGCUGUCUUCACACCCAGGCAUGGGACACACUCUGCUACGCACACUCACUGCCGGGUCGGUGUGGAACAUGAAGAACUGCCUGCCCUCAGACCGACAGGCGCAGAUCCUCAGCGCUCUGGUGGCCACCCUGUCCCACAGCCUGGAGCUGGACUCCGGCGAGCUCAUCCCGGCCCUCCAGGAGGCCGAAGCAGCCAGGUGUGCAGGGGCGGCCAGGGAUGCCAAAGCGGAGGAGAUGGAGGAAGAGGAGGAGGUGGAGGAGGGAGACGGGGAGAUGAGAAACAGGAAAACGGCCAAAAGGGACAAUGACUUCUCCGAUCUGCUGCCUGUGGAGAAGGAGGAGCUGAGGGAAGCCGCCGCCCUGCUGGAAGCGCAGCAGACUUCCCUGGAAAUCAUCGGCAACAUGUGCUGCUCCGACGAUCCCUCUGAUGACGAGUGGGAAGAGAUGUCCAGCAGUGAUGAGAGUGAAAUGUGCUCCGAUAACAUUUGUGAAGCCAAUUCCAGCCUCCUGUCUCCCCUCUGUCUGUCAGCUGAGAUUCACAGUGCACUCCUCAACCACAACAUGCCGGAGAAGGUUCUUAAGAAGACAGAAUUCCCAAGCAGUGCAGCUGUGGAAGUCUGCAGCAAGAAUCCAGCUUGGAAAUGUCUGAUAAAAAAAAUGCAUCAGGUGCAGUGCCGGGCCCUCACCUGCCUCCACAACAUACUGUCUGUCAUGGAGGCCGAAUCUCUGGGGGGAACGACUGCUCUUCAGGCUUUGGCCGUGCAUCUCUCCAAUAUGAUCUUCAGUAAACCAGAGAUUCCCAAACAAGAGGAAUUCCUGGAGGCAGUAACCAGCGCUGUGAGGUCACUAUUACAGAUCAUGGCUUCCAGAAAAAUCCAACAGUGCAUGAGCCCGGAGCAGCUGAUGCGGCUGAGCGAGGCAGCGACACGCUGCGACAUGGUCAGUGUGAGGGUCAACGCCCUGGCCAUCCUGGGCAUCACGGGCAGCACGCUGGCCAGAGAGCAGGGCACAGCACCCAGCCUGCAGAUUAUUGGCAGUGCCUUGCUGCAAGUAGCUUCAAAGGAUCACAACAUGGUGGUGUGUGGGGAGGCUUUGGAUGCCCUGUUUGAUGUGUUUGCGGAUGGAAAGGAGGCAGAGCAAGCUGCUAAGAACAUCCAUCUGUUGCCUUCCCUAAAGGCACUGCAACCUGUCUUCAAGGCCAAGCUGCGAAAGGAGUGCAAGGGGAAGUACAGCCCCGAACAGAUGUGUGUGCUGGACAACAUCAGAAUAAACCUGAGGAGAUUCAUCGGGUAUCUGGAGACCCUGGAGUAGAGCUGCAGCCUUGCAGUCCCAGACCAAAUAGUAAAGGGAGCUCAGAGUGGCUCAUUGCACACAGGUGACUGGUAAUGGGAACUGCUGAAAACAAUUGUGAAAAGACUCCAGGGAACAUGCUUUAUUGAAAACAUUGGACUGAAUAAUACAUUUCUGUUUGGUUUUUAUCAAUGGUUUUUGAAAAAAAAAAAAAAAGUAUGUUUGUAGUUUCCAGGCUUUGAAAUGCAUGAGUUAAUUUAAGAGGGUAUCUAAAACAUAAAAAUAAUGGCAUGGAUGCAAUACACAAAAGCUAAUUUUUCCCUUGCAAUAAAGUUUUUAAGUUUUA